AUGCCUAUUGGUGUUCCAAAAGUACCUUUUCGAAGUCCUGGAGAGGAAGAUGCAUCGUGGGUUGACAUAAACCGACUUUAUCGAGCAAGAUUACUUUUUUUAGGCCAAGAGGUUGAUAGCGAUCUCUCGAAUCAAAUUAUUGGUCUUAUGGUAUAUCUCAGUCUAGAGGAUGAUAGCAAAGAUCUGUAUUUGUUUAUAAACUCUCCCGGGGGGUGGGUAAUACCCGGAGUAGCUAUUUAUGAUACUAUGCAAUUUGUACAACCAGAUGUACAGACAAUAUGCAUGGGAUUGGCCGCUUCAAUAGGAUCUUUUCUUCUGGUCGGAGGAGAAAUUACCAAACGUCUAGCAUUCCCUCAUGCUCGGAGGGUAAUGAUCCAUCAACCUGCUAGUUCUUUUUAUGAGGCACCCGCAGGAGAAUUUAUCCUGGAAGCGGAAGAAAUGAUGAAGCUGCGCGAAACCAUUACAAGGGUUUAUGUACAAAGAACAGGCACACCUCUAUGGGUUGUAUCCGAAGACAUGGAAAGAGAUGUUUUUAUGUCAGCAACAGAAGCCCAAGCUCAUGGAAUUGUUGAUCAUGUAGGGGUAGAAUAA